UCACCUCGAGACAUAAGUUCAGAUACAAAUUAACCGUUAGAUCACCAAGUACGAGCCCAUCGACGGUCGUGGAUUACCCGAUUAGCCUCACCCGGUACAAGAAAGACCAGGAUCAGUACCACCGUACAAACUUGGCCGCGUCGCAUUGGAUCACAACUUGCAUUUCAAAUUAUACUUCCCUCUCCAACGAACAAACUUCAACAGUAAACUUCGAGCCGACAAAAACCUUUCACCGAAACCAAACUAUCUACCUCUCCACCAGUUUAAAGCUAAACCCUAAAAUUUCUCUUCUCUGUCCUGAAUAUCUUCACCAGUAAAGAAUUUCAAAUGAAACGAGCUCAUCAAUCGUAUUCUGUCAAUCGGUUAUGGCUGAUGCCAGUUUUGACCAUCGCCAUUUUCUCUCUCUUGCUUCUUCUCACAGUUAUUUUGAGUCUCAGUAAACCUUCUUCAACAACCGGAUUUUCUUUUAACAGACCGAAAAUCGCUGAUUCAUACCAGAGUCUCGCCGAGCCGUCGGAGCUCCCUCGGCUGCCGAAAUUCGCUUAUCUGAUAUCCGGCACGAGGGGAGAAGGGACACGUGUAAAACGGCUUCUUCAAGCGGUUUAUCAUCCGAGGAAUUACUAUGUGCUGCAUCUCGAUCUAGAAGCGCCUGAUGCGGAGAGACUCGAGCUUGCGAAGUAUGCAAAACUGGAGAACGCGAUUGGUGGAUUUGGAAAUGUGAUGGUGAUUGGUAAGGCGGAUUUGAUCACCUAUAAGGGUCCAACAACAGUUGCCAGCACACUUCACGCGAUCGCCAUCCUGUUGAAGCAAGCCGAGGACUGGGAUUGGUUUAUUAAUCUCAGUGCCUCGGAUUAUCCUCUUAUGUCUCAAGACGAUAUCCUCAACAUAUUUUCAUACUUGCCGAAGGAUCUGAAUUUCCUGGAGCACACAAGCAGUAUUGGUUGGAAAGAGAAUGAAAGAGCAAGGCCCAUAAUCAUAGAUCCAGGACUGUAUCAUCCAAAGAAAUCUGGUGUCUUUUGGGCUAAGGAGAAAAGAUCUUUGCCUGCUGCUUUCAAGUUAUUCAUCG